GUGGUAAUCCCGCGUUUCCCCGGUGUAUUUUGCCCCAUCAAGGACUGGUUCAUUUCAUCGGAGGACGAUUGGCCUGACGAGCAGUUUGAAUCCCGCGCCGCAUCCAUUAAACAGCGCAUCUCACAGAUGGAAAAUAUGGCAUACAAUGUUACAUGCAAGGCUGAAGUGAUGUUAUUUGGUCUUGCAGACUGGAUCUUGGAGCAGUGGCUUGUUGCAAAACAGGAGGACAUGAAACUUGAUCAAAUGGUCAAUUCACGGGGGGUUUUUGUUUCUUCCCAGUCCAGUCGAACGGUCGCCACCAUUCGAAUGUUCUUGAAGGAGACUUCUAGUGAAGUUUAUGACAUCCUUCGGAACGUACCUUUCAUCAUCCAAUAUUCUGGUUCCUCUAUGGGUUCCGCUAAUCUCACUCGAACAGCAACCGAACGCCUCUGCAGGUCCCUGAGUUCAAUCCAAACCUCAGUCCGUUGGUCUUUUGACUCUUGUUUCGAUCUUGGGGCAUUCCACUGUGCUAUGAAAAUGCAGCCCUACCUUAAUGCUGCGGAAGAGAAUCGGGUAUCAUAUCCACUUUCACACGCACCUGGGUCGAAACGAGGGAUGAAACUUGAGCUGAAAGACCUAACAUUUUCAUUUCCCGGUCAACAUACGCCUACACUACGUGGAGUCAACUUGACCAUCAAUCCGGGUGAAACCGUCGCCAUCGUUGGUCUCAACGGCUCCGGCAAAACGACCCUCAUGCAUGUUCUCGCGCGUCUGGUAGACUUCUCACAUGGUUCAUAUCGCGUAAAUGACGCAGAUGUGCGUCGAUUCGAUGCCUCCGAUCUGCACAAGCGCACAUCCGUCAUUUUCCAGUCUUUUUGCAAAUUCGAUCGUACCAGCGUUCGUGAGAACGUUGGCAUGGGAAACAUCGAGAAUAUCGGCUCAGAUCAUGCGAUAUGGGAAGCUUUGAGUGCGGCAGGAGCACUAUCCCUUGUGCAGGAUAUGGAAUACGGCAUAGAAACGCUCUUAGAAGGCGAAAAUAAUCGGCCUCGGACGCACAUGUACCCGCAUUACCGACACUAUCAGGAUUAUCCACCUCCACCGUACGCUAUGACGACAUUACAUGCCUACCUGUCUGCUGACACGGAUGAGCCGCCAUGCCCACCUAAAAGGAAUGGUGUUGCUCAGCUAUCAGGUGGUCAGUGGCAACGAAUUGCAAUUUCUCGUGCAUUAAUGCGUGCCAACACUUGUGACAUGAUGCUCAUUGACGAAGCAAAUUCAGCCCUGGACGUAUGUGGCCAACGCCAGCUCUUUCAGGGACUAACCAAGCGACCUGGCCACGGGACCAUCAUUUUCGUCACACACAGACUUGAUGCGCUCCAAUGGGCUGAUAAGGUCGCGGUCAUGGAAAACGGUACCAUUACUGCAUUCGGUACAUCCUCACAAGUAAUAUCGGACAUUCGCAGGGUAUUUGAACUCCAGGACGAUGAUGCCCUAAUGUGACCAAGCUGUUCUUUGUGUUACUCCACCAUUCUCAAAUUCCGCCAACCCCAUCCAAAAAAGUUUCUUACUUCGAACAUCUUUCGAGAUUGUCAUCAUUGUAAUUCUGCUUAGUGUUUUUCGGCCGCAAACGCGUAAUACAACUGACAAAGCUUCUCAAAAUGCCCAACUAAUCAUUCCAAUUCCUCUUUUCGCGACUCCCUUGACCUUUGUAUUCGUGUAGAUUAUAUCUCGAAACAUAGCUAACCAAAUAAAUAAAUAUCAUAGCAUGCCG